CAAUUUUAGAAAUUGAAACCCUAGUCUAUAACUUUCUACUACCAGAGAGCUUACAUCAUUCUUAUAUUGUGGUUGCUUGUCGAUGACUAUAGUUUUCUCUUAUUUAAUCCGAUUGAAGAAUUGGAACUUAAAAGCCCUAACUGGUGAGAUUUGUUUUCUUGAAACUUUUUUUGUAUCAGCUGUAAGAAUCCUGUUUAUCGUUGAUUUCUUUUCAUAUUUGGUCGACUGAAGUAGUCUUUCCGUAUUUGUUAACUAACCGGACUAGCUUAGUUGGCACUUCGUACACUCCAAAUUAUGAAGGUCAAACCUUGCCAAAGCAGUCUUUCCCUUGAUAGAGAGUAGGUCUUUGUUGGUUUAUUUAUUUUUUCUUUCCUGCUGUUAUAUUAUUUCAUGGUUUGGUUGUUGUCCGUGUUGUUGUAUUUCUUGGAGGAUUCCAAACUUCCAACCUAAAACCAAUUAUCAAAGCUAGAUCUUGGAUGGCCUAACUUCACGUGCUCAAGUCUCUGUGCCCAAGUCAAUCGCCUCACCUCAUCAAUUCAUAUCUCCACGUGCAUCUGGGCUGCACGUGAGGGUCGCCUCACCUCACCUCAUCAGUUUCUACCUCCAUGUGCAUCCGGACUGCACAUUCAACUUGGGCGCUCUUGUUCUUCAGUUGUGAUCUGAUUCGAGAUUUUUGUCAUCAGGAAUUUUAUUUCUUUCCCUUAGUGUUUGCCUGGUAUUUUUUUCCCACUCCUGGGAUUAUUCCUGAAAGACGUACAUUGGAUAUGUUGUCUGAAAGUCCUGAUUCGUCUGAUCAAGACAAAGAACCAUUUGUUGAAGUUGAUCCAUCCGGAAGGUUUGGGCGGUACAGCGACCUCCUUGGUGCUGGUGCUGUCAAGAAAGUUUACAGGGCAUUUGAUCAAUGGGAAGGAAUAGACGUGGCAUGGAAUCAGGUUCAGUUAGGGAGGUUUAGUAAUGAUCCCUCUGUCAUCAAGAGGCUUCAGGCAGAGAUUGCUUUGCUGAAGUCAUUGAAGAAUGAGUACAUUAUUGUUCUCUAUAGUUUUUGGAGGGACGAUGAGCAUUACACCCUUAAUUUCAUCACUGAAGCAUGCACUUCCGGGAAUCUUAGGGAUUACAGGAAGAAGCAUUGCCAUGUGUCAAUGAAGGCAUUGAGGAAGUGGUCGAGACAGAUACUCAAGGGUUUGGAUUAUCUCCAUACCCAUAAUCCUUGCAUCAUUCACAGAGACCUCAACUGCAGUAAUAUUUUCAUCAACGGAAACAUCGGAAAGGUCAAGAUUGGUGAUCUAGGCUUGGCAGCUAUAGUAGAUGAAACCCAUCAUGCACAUUCAGUAUUGGGGACACCAGAGUACAUGGCACCGGAACUGUAUGAGGAAGAUUACACUGAGUUAGUGGACAUUUACUCGUUUGGAAUGUGCAUGCUCGAAAUGGCAACCCUGGAGAUACCAUAUAGCGAGUGUGAUAGUAUAGCCAAGAUAUACAAGAAGGUGACAGCAGGAGUAAAGCCGCAAGCCUUGAAGAAAGUCAGUGAUCCGGAAUUGAAGGCCUUCAUUGAGAAAUGCAUUGGCCAGCCCAGGGCAAGACCCUCUGCUGCUGAACUUAUAAAGGACCCAUUCCUGUCUGAGUAUGAUGAGGAGGAGGUUCCAAUUUCCAAAUUCUGAGGUGAAGUUUCAGGAUGCAGCCAUUAUGUUUUCCAGCAACUACAUACCGUGUUCUUUCUUUCUUUUUUUGGUUCCCUGUAGGCCCUGCUUGUGUUGAAGGUGUUAGUGAUAAUAAUGACAACCUCAUUUCUGUUUCA